GCUAUUUAGCUCUUUCUCAACACCUCAUACCGUCUCUGUGUGUUCCGCAGCAGUCAGCUUUGGUUUGCAGGUUCUGCUCUUCAGUACAGGCUAUGGGCCCAGCUAACAGAGGUGUUAAUAACCAACACGUCUCUCGACCAGCGAGUGUGUUUAGACCUUGUUUGGUGUAUACAGAUGGUAGAGAUUGCUGCUAGGAUUGAGCCCCCCUCCAAAAUAUCCUCCAGAGUCCGCCCUGUGACACUCGGCAGUUUGUUUAUGCAAGUCUGUUUGCCAACCUAAUCUUCCCGCCUUUCAAGUGAGAGCCAGCCAGAGAGAGAGCGCGAGAGGGAAGGAGAGAGGAGUAGCGGCAGUAGCUCUAGUGAGAAGGAGCGAGAGGAACACACUUCGAACGGGCUCUGAGUUGUUGUGAUAGGUCGUCUGCAACGCACGUUCCGUCGGCGCGUGUGUGUUUGCUGAUUGGACCGCAGGGAGAGAGAGCGAGUUUGUGUGGGUGGGUGGACGCAGUUCGUGAGAAGCCAGUUACGUUGCGCGCGUCUGUGUGUGUGUGACAGAACGGGCUAUACUGGAGCUGUGCGGCAGGACAGAGCCCUCCCUUCACCGGUAGAAGGAGAGAGGGAAGAAGAGCGCUGUGUGGGACCCUCACAGACCUGCCCGCUGUCUGUGCUGCCAGCUGGAUGGGGGUUCUUGUCUGCUGCGACUGCUUCUUCUAUAGGAAGUCUAAGACGAAGCCCAAUGGGAAGAAGCCGCCAGCGGAAGAGAAGAAGCAGUAUCUGGAGGCGGAGUUCACGAAAGUACGGGUGGUCGACUUCGACCUCAAAGAGCUGGUGAUCCUGCCCAGGGAGAUAGACCUCAACGAAUGGCUCGCCAGCAACACUACGACCUUCUUCAAUCUUAUAAACCUGCAGUACAGCACCAUCUCCGAGUUCUGCACAGGGGACACCUGUCAAGCCAUGACCGCCUGUAACACAAUAUACUACUGGUAUGACGAGAGGGGGAAGAAGACAAAGUGCACUGCACCUCAGUACGUCGACUUCGUCAUGAGUCUGGUGCAGAAGCUGGUCACAGACGACGACAUCUUUCCUACAAAAUACGGCAAGGAGUUCCCCAAUGCGUUUGAGUCUUUGGUAAAGAAGAUCUGCCGGUAUCUGUUCCACGUCCUGGCUCACCUCUUCUGGGCGCACUUUAAGGAGACAGUCGCUCUGGAUCUACAGGGCCACUUGAACACUCUGUACGCACAUUUCAUUGUUUUCAUCAGGGAAUUCAACCUGGUCGACCCCAAGGAGACCUGUAUCAUGGACGACCUGUCCGAAAUCCUCUGCGCUCCCGCGCCCCCAGCACCUGCCGCCCCUUCCUCCCCCACCUCGGCCCCUUCCCCCUCCUCACACAACCAUGUGACGGAGAGAUGAGCAGGGGUCGCCGUGAGAAGCAGCCCCGGGAAGGAGGUGGUAGAUGACAAAGAUAGAGGAGAGAUGUGGAAACAGAAUGCCUGGUCCCCUUCCUAGGCCUCUGGCUUCAGCAGCAGGACCUGGAGACCUUCCACUACCCUUAUAUUUCGCUAUGUCGCCAGCCAGCCGGAAGGAUCCAGGGGGGUAGGGGGGGGGGGGGGGGGGGGUGUUGUCAUGCCAAUAGGAAUUGGCGUCGGCAUGUUCCUCCCAGGGGCAAAUCCCUCCCAUCUGCGCUGCAAUUUAACCUAGGAACAAACUGUGUGUUUUAUUUGACUUUUAUUAUAUUUACUUUUUAUUUUUCUCAUUUGAGGACAGUGCGUCUGUUUUGCCCUUUCCUCCCUCUGUCCUAAAGUAUAGUUCAGGGCGGUGGCUCUGCUUUGCUUGAACAUACUAUUUGUACAGUGUUGUUAUUGUGUGGAGGAAAGGUGACUAUUAGUGGUGGGAGGAUUGAAGGGGAACGGUCACUACGCUGGCCUAUAGGGAGCCGCCAUGUAACUGCCUGGUGGGCAAUACUAGCCAAUCACUGUUUGGGUUGUUAAUCUUGGGAUGAUUCAAGUGCUUCCCUACUCAGGACCUGAGAGAACACAAGUCACUGCUGCCAGAGAGACGUAUUCUAUUUUUCUCAUUCUCUCUGUCCCUUAAAUAUUACAGUUGUCAUUCUGGUAUUACUCUAGUCAGGUCAUCACCUGAUGUACCGCUCUUUAACAGCUCCAUCCCAGCGGCCACCCAUAGAGGGCAGUAUAGACAGGGUGGCACUGCCGCACAAGCAGGGAGAUAGAGAAGAAGACUGUAUAUUAGAUAUUUAAUCUGACCAGACAUGUUACAACAAGACAAACGGGUUCCCAUUAUUUGAGUACAGGGGAGAGUGGAGACCUCUUUCCCCAGGGAACAGAGCUGUUUGCUGUGGGUACGGUACAGCGGCAGGAGAAGGACAAAGACAUCGGUUAUGUCUGCACACCCAAAGAGAAGGGAGGAGAGAGGAUUCGUGUGGGGUUGGUCCGUUUGCUGUUCUGUAUUGUGGAACAAGCCCCACAGUCUCUUGACGAUACACCCCCCCCCCCAGCCCCUUUUUGGUUUUUAUUUUCCCUUUCAAAUGUACUUUUGUUGUUUUAUUAUUAUCAAAGAUGAAACUAGUUCAUGAAAAAUAAUGGCAUCCUUACACAUGUAUAGACAAAUGCACAGUCUGCUUCAACUUCACUGUACAGAGAGUGGCAAGCUGAAUCCGUCAGACAGCCUCUGUAUCAAGGAGAAUUUGGGUUUAUAGUUUAUUUAUUUAUAUAUUAUUUUUUUUGCAGGGUGGUUCAGUUCUGGCUUUCAUUUUUAUGUAUUUUAAUUAACUAAGUUAAAAGCAAUUUAAUAUUUUAAACUCUGCGGAUAAUAAUCGAAUAAAAGACAAAUGCCG